GCAUAUACUGAAUUUUAACAAAAGAAGAGGGAAAGAGGCAGAGCUGGAGAGAGUGCGUGUGAGAGAGAGGAGAGAGGGAGCGAGAGAGGUGAAGAGAGAGAUCGGGAGAAAUUGAAUACAUGUAGAACAUAUAUAUUUAUACAGGUAUAUAUUUUCACGCCGUGCGUGUCAGUGUGCGUGUGCGCGCGUGUGGCGGAGGCGGCGGCGGCGGUGGGGGACACCCGCAAAACGGAUACCUCAAAAAGCAAGGAUGUGAAAAAGGAUGGAGGGACGCAGGAAGAGAGGGGGGAAAGGCUGGUGAAAUUCAGCACCCUCUCUGAGUGCGAUAUAUAUCUGCCUCCCCCCCUCGGCAGGUUGCCAUGGUCGCCAUACCUACUCUCUCUCUCCUAUUGGUCCUGGCAGAGUGGGCAGGUCUGGUGGACGCAUCCCCCCACCUCCUGCUCCGGCCGAGCCCGCGGGAGCGUGAUGCAGGGGCCGUGAUGAACUUCAACAUUGCCGUGAUCCACGCCGGUGCCACGGUGCAGGCGGAGGCAGCGGUGGCGGGGCCAGGGGGAAGGGUGCUCUACCCCGGUUUCGGACGGGUAUACGGCUCCCUGGGGGAGAGCGUGGUCACCCAGUGGGGCUCUGCUAACGUCAUCUGGCUUCAGGUGAAUGACAGCAGCCCUAAGACGGUGCUGUCCCAGCUGUGUGAGUUGUUAGCGGCGAGGCCCCUGCAGGGUCUGGUUUACGAAGAGGAGAGGCCCCCUCGGACGGCUUGGGGUCCCAUGGCCCCCAUGCUGGAGUUUGUCUCUGCACAAACAGGACUGCCUAUAGUGGCUGUAGGCGGGGGAGCAGGGCUGGGGAGGAUGCCACAGGAAUCAGGUUCCAUCUUUCUCCAGUUCAGCUCCUCCACUGCGCUCCAGUUAGAGGUCAUCUUUGAGGUGCUGGAGGAGUACGACUGGACCGCCUUUUCUGUGGUGUCCACGCGUCACCAUGGGUACCAGGACUUCCUUUCCGUGGUGGAGGGACUGACGGACGGCUCGUUCAUCGGAUGGGAGAAGAAGAGUGUUGUUAUCCUGAACGUGACCGACGAUCCUGGGGGUGCACGCACGCGCAGGCUGCUGAAGGAGAACGAGGCGCAGGUGCGCCUACUGUACUGCUCUCAGGAGGAGGCUGAGCUGGUCUUCCGUGCUGCCUGGGCCGCUGGUCAGGCUGGGGCCUCGCACAUGUGGUUUGCAGUGGGCCCCUCUCUCUCGGGUCUGGGCAUGGAGAGCUUGCCUCGGGCGUUAUUCGCCGUUCGGCCCCAGGGCUGGAGGGACGAGCCUCGUCGAAGGAUCGCUCGGGGUGUGUCUGUGCUCACUCACGGAGCGGUGGCAAUGCGCAAGGAAUACGGAAGCACGGGCGGGCCAAACUUUGUCACCACAUGCAUGACAGAUGCCAAUCAGACCCAGAGACUGCGAAGCAGGAUGAGGUAUUUCGGCAACAUAACGCUUGGUGGUCGAGACUAUUCCUUCAACAGCGACGGUUACCUGGCCAACCCUUUCUUGGACGUCAUCUCUUGGACACCUGGAAGAGGCUGGGAAGAUGUAGGCUGGUGGGAGAACGGCGUGCUGAGACUUAGAUACCCAGCUUGGUCCCGCUACGGACCCUUCCUGAAGCCGCCUGAUGAUGCCCAGCACCUGCGGGUUGUAACACUGGAGGAAAGGCCAUUUGUCAUUGUAGAGCUUGCAGAUCCUGCUUCAGGAACCUGCAUCCGGGACUCUGUUCCCUGCAGACGUCCUCUCAAUGCCAGUGCGAUUCAUGAGGGUGUGGCUCCUCUGAAGCAGUGCUGCAAGGGUUUCUGCAUUGACAUCCUCAAGCGACUCGCAAAGAUCGUCGGCUUCACCUACGACCUCUACUUGGUGACCAACGGGAAGCAUGGGAAGAAAAUUGAUGGCGUUUGGAACGGCAUGAUUGGAGAGGUGGUGUACAAGCGGGCGGACAUGGCCAUCGGCUCGCUGACUAUCAAUGAGGAGAGGUCCGAGGUCGUGGAUUUUUCUGUACCAUUCGUGGAGACAGGGAUCAGUGUCAUGGUCUCCCGUAGCAAUGGCACUGUAUCACCAUCAGCUUUUUUAGAGCCUUAUAGUCCAGCGGUGUGGGUGAUGAUGUUCGUCAUGUGCCUCACUGUUGUAGCUGUGACCGUCUUUAUUUUUGAAUUCUUCAGCCCUGUGGGCUACAACCGCAGUCUGCAAACAGGAAAGAAGGCAGGAGGGUCCACUUUCACCAUCGGAAAAUCUGUCUGGCUUUUAUGGGCCAUUGUCUUCAACAAUUCUGUGCCGGUGGAGAACCCGAGAGGAACCACGAGCAAGAUCAUGGUGCUGAUCUGGGCCUUCUUUGCUGUCAUCUUUCUGGCCUCUUACACUGCUAACCUGGCUGCCUUCAUGAUCCAGGAAGAGUACAUUGACACAGUUUCAGGCCUCUCGGACAAGAAGUUUCAGCAUCCAGAGGAGCAGUACCCACCUCUCAAGUUCGGCACGGUGCCCAAUGGGAGCACAGAAAAAAACAUUCGCUCCAACUAUCCAGACAUGCACCAGUACAUGGGCAAAUACAACCAGAGAGGAGUGGAGGACGCCAUCCUGAACCUAAAGACUGGGAAGCUGGAUGCUUUUAUUUAUGAUGCUGCAGUAUUAAACUAUAUGGCCAGGAAGGACGAAGGCUGUAAGGUGAUGACCAUAGGCUCGGGGAAGGUUUUUGCCACCACAGGCUACGGUAUCGCCCUGCACAAAAACUCACGUUGGAAACGUCCUCUUGACUUGGCCCUGCUGCAGCUAGUGGGAGAUGAUGAGAUUGAAAUGCUGGAGCGCCUCUGGCUGUCAGGUAUCUGCCAUAAUGACAAAAUUGAGGUGAUGAGCAGUAAACUGGACAUUGACAACAUGGCUGGGGUCUUCUACAUGCUUCUGGUGGCUAUGGGCCUCAGUCUGCUGGUGUUUGCAUGGGAACAUUUAGUCUACUGGAAACUGCGCCACUGUAUGGCCACUAGUUCUGGGAAGUUGGACUUUCUCUUGGCAAUUAGCAGAGGCAUGUACAGCUGCUGCAGUUUUGAGGAUGAAACAGCACCAGGUGGAUCUAAAUCUUUGCCUUCACACCACCACACAGCAAUGGUGACUGUUCCAUCACAGCCACAUGUAGUUUCAACAACUGUGACCAACCCAGCAAUUGCAAUGGCGCAACAGCAGCAACAACCACAACAGCAGCAACCACCACCUGUCUACAAAACACCUCUACCAGGCUCUCCUCCCACUGUGGUACAUUCUGGGUCAGCUCUGGGUUCUUCUAACCCCCCCAUUGCUGGUGCCCCCCUCCCUUGCUCCACUUUCCUGCCUCGAUCAGAUCGAAGGUUGGCAGUAGUGGAUCGCUGGAGGUUGCCUAAAACUGCUACAGCCACCAACCCCAUGGCUGUGAGAGGGGGCAUCACUGACAUGGGGCCGUUUGCUCAGAAAGUUCCACAAAACUGGGCUACAACUGCUGGAGGGGGUGGGGGACUCGAUGGCUAUAAGAGAUAUUAUGGUCCCAUUGACCCUGAGGGACUGGGACCCUGCAUGGAUCAGCAAGCAGGAUCCCAGACCCCCAAGACUAUGCCAAGGGGCCACCCCCAGCCCCCUCCAGCAAGUGUGGCCUUCUAUUCAGAGAAGAGCAUGGACCACGGGGUGGGGAAGAAGGUGGUGGGAGGUGGCGGUGGAGGUCAGGGGAAAGGAGCUGUUAAACCUCUGGGCACCCCCAGGCUGCCUCCUAAGAGUCAGGCCCCUCUACCUCCUACACCUCCACUGCCACAUCCCUCUCCCCCUCUCCCUUCAUCCUUCUGGAGAAAGCGAAGGCCCAAGAAGCCCAAAGAGCCCGGGGGACCACUUUAUGAGAACAUUCUGCCUCUAGGGCGAAGGGGAGGAGCAAGAGAUGGAAUGAGGGAAGGAGGAGGAAGAAGGACCCGCCCGCUUUCUCCUCCACUGUCACUUCCUAUACCAGUUCCACUGAGCCCCUCUUAUACUCCUCCUUCUCCUUCUGCAUCUUUGCACUAUACGUCCUCAUCCUCCACGUCAACCACCUCAUCAACGUCAACGUCUUCAUCUGCCUCAUCUUCCCGCUCCACCUCUCCCACCUACUCUUACAGCUCCUCCAGGAGCACACGAGACAGGACUGGAGGAAUUGAUGGAGAGGACGACGACGAUGAUGAAGAUCUGACAGAAGAGUCAAGUCUUCUCCUUGGGAGGGGAAGAGAGAGGGAGCGCUCUAUCAUUCGACCACGUUCCCUUAGCCACGGGCGCUUGCCACCACCAAUUCCCCCUAGGAAACCACGCACAUCUUGGGGCGACAGAGAAAGAGAACGAGAAAGGGAACGAGGUGGGAGCCAACUGUCUCAGCUUCAAGAGUGGUGGGCAAGCUGGAGUGAAAGGGAGAGGAGAGGAACAGGUGGAGAAACUGAAAGGCUGAAAAGGGAAAAGAAAAGGAGGAAAGAAAAGGAGAAAGAGAAGAAGAAAAAGAAAAAGAACAAAAAGAGAAAAAAGAGAGAGGAGAGAGAAAGAGAGCGGGAGAGAGAAAGAAAGCGAAGGAAGGUGAAAAAGAAGAAGAAGAAGGCAUUAAAAACAAAGAAAAGGAAAAAGUCUACUGGGGGAAAACGAUCUGAGCCGGAAGACGGAGAUGGAGAACAAGAAAGGGAAGGAGAAGCUGAGAGAGAAAGAGAUGAAGGGAUACAAGACUACUCUUCUUUUUCUGCCCAGUAUGGAAGCACGUUUGGAGAGAAGGGGAGAGAUUCAUGGGAAGGAGACAGAGAAAGAGGUAGGGGGGAAGAUGGAAAUGAUAGGGACGAGGACAAUGGAAGAAGUAGGGAAAGACGUCCCAAAUCCUCACGCUCUCAUAGACGUCGAACCCCCAAUAAGCGCUACUCUAACUCUAAUAAAUUUCCUGCUUCUGUUAAAUUUUGGAUGAAUGGAAGAGGAGAUAACUCCAAUACCACUCCAGUAUCCCUCCACCCACUUCUUCCAUCAUCCAAGCGGCGAAAAAGUGGAGGGAUUGAGAGAGAAGAUAGUACUAGAGUUGGUGAAAGACGUCCUUUGUUAAUGCAUUAUGAAAAAGAGAAAGCACAGACAAGAGAAGGGCUGUCUUUCCAUGAAUGGGACUCAGAUGACGAUGAUGAUGAUGAUGAUGAUGAUGACGAUGAUGAUGAGGAAGAGAGAGACAGAAUGAGGGACCGGGGAGAGGACAGGGCAAGGAGGGUAGGUAGAGGGGCUGUCUCUGAGUCAGAAAGAGACAGAGGAAGGGUGGAGGACAGCUACUCAGAUGAGGGUUCUUCAGGAGAAUUUGGUCGUUUUGAACGAUACUGGGAAGAAAGUGCAGGAGGCACUGGCACUGGGAUUGGAGGCAUAGGUGGAGGAGGCUGGUUCUUUGGUACCUAUCCCUCUAGAGAGAAAGGGGGAAGUAUCAAUAGUCGAGAUGAUUCGUUAUCGGGAACUCGGGCAGAGGGAUGGAUUGGUGCUGAUUUCUGGGGAUCUGGGCCAGGAAUAGGUUGGGCAUCUGGUGGAGGGAGUGGAGGGCUUGGCUCACAGUGGCCACCACCCCCAACAGCCUUCCCUCCACCUAGAAGAUACUGGUCAAUGGACAAAAUUCCUGUGAAGGGAGAAAAAAAGUGGAAGAGCGGUGGUGGAAAGAGAAAAGGACGAAGCAGGGAAAGACUGGAUGAGGGAGGACGAUCAACUCUGUGUUCCUGCAGCCUUUUCCCACAGCCCCAUCCUUAUCCACAUCCCCAUGGCCGUUCACAAACUUCUAAUUCCAAGAGAAGAGCAUCAGCACUUUCCCAUAGCCAAGAAGAGCUUCUUCCCCACUGCCACAGCUUCAGCGGGGGUUCUCGUCCCAAACCUUUGCCUCCCAAACCAGAUUCCAGUCAAGCCAAAUCAGGCAGCCAAUCUAACCUCAGCCUCAACACACAGCCGACAGACCAUCAGCCACAGCCCUCACCAUCGCCACCGCAGCAGCCAUCUUUGUCACCCACCUCGCUCCCCAUGCCCAUCGUACCUCCACCCUCCUCAGCCUCUGUCUCGCCACCAGCAGGGGUAGGGAUGGCAGGUCCGGCUCAGGCUUCAGCCAGUGCCAAACUCCAAUAUCAGAGACUGCGCUCUGUGCCUCAGCCACGGAGGUUCUACUCUCCCCACCUACCACUCAAAGCCAAGAGCCUGUGCUCACGUCGAGGGUCAGCCCACUUUUCCAGCCUGGAGAGUGAGGUAUGACAGGGGGAGACGAGAGAGGGAGACGUGGGAGCAAGCACUAGUGCUGCUGAAAAUCUUGGUGCCAUGGCAGCUGGAGACAGGGACGACACCAGAGAAAUGGCUGCCUUGGUGACCUUAGGUAAUCAGUUAGCAAGCAUCACUACAGGAACAAACAUGGACAGAGACUCUGUUGCUAACAAUACUCUCGGUGAGAGCGACUCUUCUGCCACCCGCUCCAUUGUACGCGUUCUUAUGAGGGCGACAGUGAGGUGCCACACCAGGGUGAGCUACAUCCGUCUGGAUGGUUCCUACGAUGAAGAGAGUGAAGGUGAGGCUGCAUCACCGGGGACUUCGACCCCAGAACUUCUCUUAUGCUCUGAACUGAGCUUUGUGAUGUCAUCUUCGGUCCUUCGCCCCUCCCCAAAUCAAAACUGUGGAUAACGGUAGUCUCCAACUUGUGAGUAAUGAUGUCAUGUUUGCACACAUACACACACACACACCUACACGCAUGCAUGCACACACACCCACACACGCCUGCACGCACGCAGACACGAAAACACACAAUAUGCUCAAAACGUCUCCCUCCCUCUGGCUUUGAGUGGAAUGAGGAGAGACCCACCUUCUCUCAAAAGAGGCCAGUGUUUGGUCAUCAUCUGGCUUCCUGUCCUCAUUGGCUGAUGGCUUUUGACCUGGACUGGUGGACUGCUUCUUGGUGUCUUCUUCCCUUUUUUAAGAUAAGCAAUGCAGUCACCUCUCGUUCACUUUCUGCCUGCUCACAUUUCAAUGGACAGUGAGCACAGUGCUACUUAUUUGCCUUUUGGCCUCAUGAUACCAUCAGACCCAUCUAGCUCUACCCCAGGACCAUCUAUAUGAUGUCAUGUUUUACUAGAUACCCUUUUAACCAGUCAGACUGAACAGAAACUUCUUUUUCUCUACUGCGUUGGAGCUUGUCAUGACACCUCUGGUUCAACUGGAAAAUAUUACUAAGUAUUAAAGAUUUUGAACAACAAACUCAUCAAAAGAGGAAUAACAACAUGAAGAAAAAAGACAUGUAGCAGAAUUUCUUUUCAUGUCUGUCUAUAUAUUUAUUUUUUAUUCAGACCUCUCUCCCUAACCCCUCCUUUUUAUUCUAUUAAUAUAUUUCUCUGACUGUCUUAGUGUUUUAAUAAGUAGGAGGCUGGAUGUGGCUAGUGUUGGAAGUGGGAAUGAUUUCCAAAGCAGUGCCAAAAUUUCACCCAAAUUUUGAACUUCAUCACAAUCAUAUUUUUUUCUCUCCACACGUAAGCAACUCUUAGCUCAGCCUAAUCUAAGGGAAUUUAGGAGUUGAUUAAUGUAAUAUCUGUAAUUGGCACUAGAUGGCUGCAUAAUAUUUAAAUACAGUCUUUGAAACCUUGGUGCAGGAAGCUGAAGAUCAUUCAAGUAUCUGUAGAUGCAUUACAAACAGCAAAGAGGGUGCAGCUUCGGACAUAAUUGGUUCUAUGAAAGUGUCCAGUCAGGGUUUAUUCCAACACAUUUUCAAGCCCUCUUUAGAUUUUAAUAUAUGUUGCCACCAUUCUGUGUCCUGGUUGAGCCGGUGGAUGAUGGAUUAUCUGAAGCACAAUUCCUCAUUGUAUUUUUUAAGACGUGUUGCCACAAGUGUAAAUGCAGGUAACAUAUUUUGCUGAUAUAGCUUUAACAAUAACAAUAAGCUUCACUGUAACCGAGAGUCAAACAGUAAAAUACCAAGACACUUAUGCUGAGGUAGUCAUAUGCUUUAUCUACUGUCUUUUUUGGCAAAUAAGGCAGAACGACUUACUGUGAAUGUUUCCAGGUGCGUCCUCAGAAGCUGAGCCUUCAUUGAAUGCAGUUGAUGAUGAUAACUUGCAUUGUCAAGAUUUUUAGAUGGCUAUUUGACUUAAAGCAAUAUUCCCAUCUUUAAUAUGACAGGGAUGCAAUGGCACAUCAUUCUAUUUGCUUUUUGUCUGAUUUAAGCAAGAUAAGCUGUUUGACACAAGAGGUAAAAUUAACCAUAUCUUCAUUCGUAGUUAAUAUGUAACUAGUUAAGCCCUACCUCACGCUAAUCUGGAUAUUUUUCUGUUUCUGCACCUCCCGUACACUUGCAGACACCUUUUUGUGAAAAAAAUAGUGACUCUUAAGCAUUGCAACAGGGCCCACUUUGAACCUGCAAAAAAGAAAAAGAAACACAUAGGCAGUGGAGCAUUUUUUUUUCUAAUGGAAUAUGUCAUAUAUAAAUAUAUCUGUCUCGUUUUUUCUUGACUCUUCUUCCAUUAAAUGUCAAAUGUAACUGAGAGGAACGGGUAAACAGCUUCACAGAAGACAUGACCUGUAAUUGUUUAGGUGGAUUUUUUAGUCAUGCUCAGGUUAUUCUUAUUUUGAACUUUAGUUAUUCUUGAUAUGCUUAUUCCCUCCUGUUAGAGAUGCAUAGUUAUUACAGCGGUUUUGAUUAGAUUUUUGCAGAUGCCAUUUUUUUUCUUUGAAAUGACAGGAAAUAUAACUUCUAAAAAAACGACUGAAGUAGGAUAAUAGGGCCAAAAUUUACAGCUCUCAACUUCAAUUGACAAAUUCUAAUAAAUUGCUACAUGUUAAACACAGGGUAGUGAUAUGUAGCAUGGUACCUUCUGUGCCACAAGCCAUCCACCUUUUAGCUGUGCCAGCGCUAUUUUCUUAACUUUAGUAUAUCUACUUCAUGUCUCACACUAAGACCAGCCACAGCCCAGCCAUUCGUCUAUUGUAGUUGAAUGUAGCGUUGAACUGAUGUAGCAAAAGAACAUCUACUUACUUUAUAGCUUCUUUUUUUUUUAUUUGGAUGCUGUUUAUAAAGGCUUAAAGGACGGGACAAAGGGGAGGGAAAUGACCUGCCUUGCGAGGGGCUGUGCAUCGUGUUUGUGCAUGUCGUCACAGAUCAGAGGGUUAGUCGACCUUUUCACUUUCCCUUUUUUUCCCACUUCUUUGGCCUUAUAGAGGCCAGACUAUACCUUUUAUCUGCAUACGGAUUGCUUUUCUUUUGUACCUCUAUGUGGGGCAGUUUUUGAAAAAAUGUGUUUUAGAGAAAUGCGUUUGCUGUUUCCCAUCAUUUGGAAAAAGUCCCAGACUAUUUGCAUGAUUCACUGAAUGAAAUUGUCAAGAUUUGUAGUUUGAGGGUUGGUUUAGGUCGGGUUGUAGGUAUACUAGGAAACCAGGACAGCCACCUUUUGGUGAGAUAAUAAGCUCGCUCUGCUCUGCACCCCAGCAGCGGAAACCACAGCAACAGCCUGACUGUUUCCUGUGUCAUCGAACACAAUUAUUUCCAACCAAUUAACAGGGCUUCAACCUGGUGUGUCAUUGAGCAUUAUCGAUUUCCACUGAGGCACUAAUACUUAAGUCUGUGACUGCAUGAACACAAAUGACUCUUAAAAACCCUCUGGCUUAUUUUUUAUUUAUUUAAUUUUAUGCUGAAAAAAAAAGAAUAUAUUGAAAUAUACUAUGUUUUUGAGAAUGUACCAUGUUAUACUGUGAUUUAACUGAGAUAUUUUAUUGUAUUCAAUCAUCAUUUGAAUUCUAUCAUUUAUCUAUAAAGAAAUAUAUAUGUACAAAUAAAUAUAUACAUAUAUAUACAUACAGGUAUAUAUAUAUAUAUUAGUUCAGUUUGGUAUAUUUGGAGGAAGUGUUAGAUAAAAUAGUUUUAAUGUUUUAGCUUUGUAGCAAUUCUAGACUCUGAAAUCAUUUUUGAAUUUUGAUUCCUCCUAUAUGACUGUGAAGACAUUAGUGCCUGUGACAAAAAAGACAAGUAAAAGUCAAAAACUCUAUUCAUCUGUAUCUACUAUGGCUAUCAGUCCGUCACACCUCUAGUACUACCUAACAUUACAUUUUCUUGUUUUUUUUUUUUUUGCUUUCUGCUAUUUUUCUCUUCUCUUUGGCUGUCUUAUUAUCAACCAGUGGACCACUCAUGUCUUUUAAUUUCAGCCACAUGCUGGUCACAUCUCUUUGUCCAUCGACCUUUGUCUUUCUUUCAUUUUGGAUCAUGUUCUUUUUAAAUCAAAUCAUCCCUCUGUCUGUCUCUCACUUAGCAAAAAACAGAGACCAGUAGAUACUGUGUUCUUGCUCCUUUUGGACUGAUUGUUGAUGAUGGCAAUGAUGACGAUCAACUCACUGAUUGAUAAAAACAAUUCAUGAACAAUGUUACUAGUACUGAUGUGACUGACGUGUGUAUUUGACGACCACACCACUGUAGCAAGUCUGGGCUGUACCGCACCACCAGCAAGCAAGUGGGGCCUCAGUUUUAGGUAAUGCAGCCUAAAGUUCUUCAUAUUAUCCACCGUGCUGGUCUAAUAUGUUUGAACAGUGUUGAGCUUGGUAAAUUGGAAGACAAAGUUGAAAAAAAAAAGGCAUUCUGAGGGGAAGUAUCCAAACUGAAGUGGCAAAAUAUUCUUACCCCAUGAAUAUUCUCACAUUUUGCAACUACAAACAGCUAUUAGUUUUAAUGGGGAUGAAUAAUGCUUGAUGGACCUACAGAAAGCAGUGCAUAAUUGUGAAGUGGAAAGAGCUUGAUAAAUGUUUUUUUUUUUUUAGAUGUUUUUACAAGUAAGAAAUCUGUGCAUUUUUUUAUUGUCCUUUUUAAUCUGAUAUCCUGAAAUAAUACCCGGUUUACUGCUACCACAGAGAAGUAUUUUUUGGGUUUGUUUCUAGUAGUUUCUGCCCUUGUUUCUUAGCAAAAGAGUUUAAUGUCAGCCAGAUUGGAUGGAUAGUGUCUGCGAACAUAAAAUUUCACGUCUUGCCACAGUUGGAUUUAAAUUUGGGCUUUGACUAGGCCACUCAAACAUGUAUGUUUUGAUCCAAACCGCUCUAUCUGUAUGUUCAGGGUCAUCAUCCUGGUCAAACUCCAUUUAAGUCUCAAGUCUUUUGCAGCCUCCAACACCUUUUUCACCCAUCAACUCUGACCAGCUUUAAUAUCCUUGCUGAAGAAAAGCAAGAUGUUGCUAAUACCAUGUGGCACAGCGUGGGCAGUGUGUGAAGUUUUAGUCUGUUCUUUGGUGUUUGUGAUGAUGCUUGUUUAUAAAUAUUCUCUGACAAACCUCUUAGGCUUGAGGCAUUUGGUUGCACUGAUUUUUAUUAAGGGCUAUCAGAGUAAAGGGGGCUGAAUACAAAAGCAGGCCACAACUUUCAGGUAAACAUUUUGCAUCCACUUGUCAACUAUGCACUGCUUUUUGUUGGUCAGUCAGAUAAAAUCCAAGUAUAAUAUUUUGAAGUUUGCAGUUGUAUCAUGAUAGAAUAUGAUCAAGGGCUAUGAAUACUUUGGCAAGGCAUUUCUGCUGAAUAUACAAAUCUAGACUGGACUGGUCAUGCAUGGAAUGUGGUAGACGGUUGGCACAUUAUAAAAGUAUGUUUAAUUAGUUAAUGCUCUCUUGCAUGUUAUUCUAGAAGCAUUUUUUUUAAAUCACAGAUGGACUGAAACCAGUCUCUACAAGUUAGCCAGCAGUUUUUUUACUUUGACUGUUUCACAUUCAGCAAAGUCAUGAUUUAUUGCAUGAGCACAAGUCAACGGUUGACUGCAGCUUGACUUUGCGACGCUCUCUUUUUCUUGCUUUUCAUUUCCCACAGUUUCAAAAAUGCACACACACACUUUUGCUGUGCAUGUUACUACAUAAUGGACUCAUCCGCCAGGAUCCUCAACCUCUUAACACUCAGCUGCAAUUGAAAUUAGUGUCUCGUGUAGUUUGAUUAGCCCAUAUGAGCUUUGCAGAAGCUUAAAAAUCAUUCGAUAUCAACUCCAGUUUUUGCCACUGUCCAUUAAGUAACAUUUAGUCCACCUGAAGGGGCUGAGACCCUUCACAAUAAAUACACCACUUGUUUUGAGUUGUCAGUCUCUGUUUUUACAUACCUUUAGUCUGAUGUUUUUCCUUGCCGUUUCUCAUACAUCAGUUUCUCUUGGGGCUGUCAAAAUCAAUUUGUUUUCCCAUUUCUGUCUUGCUUUCUCUGUAAUUCAUGUUUUUUGUUGUAAUGUGCUCUGAUUGAUUAGAUUAUCUCUUUGGUAAAAAGCAAAGUUUUGAACCAUCCAGUCCAGUCUAGAACAGUGUGCUCCGGGUCAGUGUAGGACCAGAGUUUCUAAGAGAUCCUAAUGCAGCCUUAAGCUCAUCUUCCUCUCUAUCUAUCAGCCCAUGACCUGUUAACCAAUAUGUGUAGUGCUCCAGAACUCAAACAGGGUCCUCAUAGGCUGAACUGGCCAUGAACUAUAUCAAGGAAACAUAGGAGCAUCACACAUAGCGCCUAUCAGGUCUCGGGUGUGCAUGCUGCACUGCAGAAAGCUUACUCUGUUGCAGUUGCUGUGAGCGGGGCACAUAUAUCUCCCCACAGAAAGCAGCGUGUGCUCUCCCCAUCGUACAAGGCCCAGUUUUGCUCUAGUAACCUUGCCAACACCACAGGCCUACUUACAGGUUGCUACGGCGAGUUGCUAGAAGGGUGAUGUCGCUCCUAGCCCAGACUGGUUUGGUCUUUGCCCUAUUUCAAAUGUGUUAGUUUAUUUGACAUUGUCUGUCUGGGGUGGGGCUGGAGGGUCAGUGCUGCACUUACUUCCUGAGAAUUGCUUCAUAAAAUAUGAUUCUCUCUAAAUAUUGGUAGUAGUGCUGUGUUUCAUUCCAUUUCUUUUGUCACAUGCAAUUAUGAGUAAGAGUUUUUGUGAAUGCGUCUCUGCAGUGUCUGGUUGAACGCGCCUGUUAACCUUGAGAAGGUAUUUUCUGUACAAGCUCUUAGUCGUUCAGACAAAAAAAGAAUGUCAGGGAAAUCAAAGAGUUGUUUCUGUGGUGUUAUGACAGUGUGCCAGCAUAUCCGUGUGUAUGUGUGCAUGCUUGUAGCAAGAUUUUUCAGAUGUUUCCAAGUUCUUGACAGACUUUUUUUUCUUUGAUCUUGCAAGAGUGGACCAAAUAUAAUCUAUUUCUUUUUUUUCCCUCAAAGAGACCGAAGCACUCUCGGCCUGAGAAGUGAGUGACCAAGUCAGAAACACCUGAACAUCUUGAUGGAUGCUACACCACAUACAUCACACACGUUUUACUAAUGAGAGUAAAACAUCUUUAGCUUUUACUUUAUUGAACAAAUGUGUUUCUUUUAAUCUGAAAAGAAACAGAUGUGUGUGUGUGUGUAAGUAUGUUAGUCUGUAUGCAUGUAUGUAAAAAAAAGCAGCUCAAUCAAAUACUAAAACAUGUCUUAAUACAUACCUGAGACUUCGUAAUCAGUCAGAGUGCGGAGGGGAUCUUAAAUGUGUUUUGUUCUGCUCCCUUUGCGCCUGCGAUCCACUAAUUAGCCAUGCUUUGUUAGUGUGAUGGGUGAAUGGCUAAUUGCAUUGUGAGGCCUCCAUGUGUACAUGCAGUAAUGACUUAACGCUCUAAUAAGAUUGAGAUACAGGCAGCUGGAUCACAGGCUCCCCAAACACUGAUCAGAGGUCAGUACUAUGCUUUUUCUCUAAUGAUAAUCAUAAGAGAGUGUGGGAGAUAAGCUGAUCCUUGAUCACCCAAAAGGGAUUUAGAUUGCUUUCAUUUGGAUCCAUCACAAAUCUUAGAGGUAAACUUAGAUGAAUGUGGUGUAAUUUUUUAAUGUGAUUUUUCUGAGUACAGUGCCCUCAUUCCCUACUAGAAAUUAGAUAAACAUCUUAAAUAAAUUAAUCUUUUACAACAGAAAUGUAAACCCAAACUGGAAGAAAUAGAAUAAUAAAACUUUUAAUUUUGGUACAUUUAUUUUGUGAAGAGGAAAACUAUCAUAUUUAGAAGUAUUUGUUUAAACACUUUAUCGGUGCAAAGAUCAUUAAUAUGUUGUGCGAGCCCUUUUGGCAUUUGUACAGACAUGUAUAAUUUCUUAUGCUCUCAUCUUCUCAGCACUUCACAGGUUGUCUUAAGGCUAGAGACUGAAAUGGUCCAAAAGGAAGGUUGAUAAAAUGUCUAGUGGACAAAUGCUGCCUUGAUUUGGACAUGUGAUCUUAACAAUUCUCCUGUAUGAGCCGUUUUCAGCUCAGUCUUUGAUGCCAUGAACUCUGACAAAUUUCUCAGAACCUUUAUAAAAGAAACAAGCCCACAGUAUAAUUGCAUGAGAAGGGCAUGAAAUGUUUCUACACAUAUUCUUCAUUUGUUUCACCAGUCUGUCCUGCAACAAAACAGCCACACUGCAUAAUGUUGUCAUUCCUAUACUUAAAAGUUGGAAUAGUCUGCUCAGGCUUGCAAUGGGUGUCAUAACCAAACACUUACAUUUUUGUUUCAUCAGACUACAGAAUGUAAGUCUUUGUCCCUGAUUGUGUCUGCAAACUGCACAAUAAUCUGGCUUUUUAUCUUACUUUUUAAGUCUUCCUCCUGUCUGAGUAGCCUUUCAGUCAUGGCGAACAUCACUGCAGAAACACAAUCUUACAAAGUAUGUAGGUCUAGUUUCAAGUGCAACCUCUCUGUACACUUAAGAUAAAACAAAAUUAAUGUACAAGUAAUUUUUCAGGAAGAUAUAGGAGCUUGUUUUAAGUCAAUCAUUUUUAAAUAUUUUUAUGUGCUAAAAUAAUUGCACUAGAAACUAGACAAAAGUACUUGGUCAUGUUUUGUUUUUUUGCAGUGCAUGACUUGUUACAUUGUGUUCUCUUACCAGCUUCAGCCAGCGUCUUUAAAAUGUAUUUUACUUUUGUUCUGGAUUGUUGCAUCCCAAAACGUUUUUGUCUGUGAUAUAAAACUGUCUCUUUAUUGAAUGCUAUUAUGGUUGGGCAUUUCCCUGGUGUUUAUACUACUGCAAAAUAUUUUUGAAAAAAUGGAAACGGAGUUUUCUGGCAUCGCAAAACCAGACUUAUGUCAGUCCUCAAUAUUCCAGAGUUCCAUCUGAUCAUUUUGUUCUCCAGCUUUCCUCCUUGCUACUGCAUCCUCAAGCACUCUGUCAUUUCACUUCCAAUAAAUCUCUCUCUUUUUCCCUCUCUCUUUCUGACAGACACACACACAUAACACAUGCAUUAAAGCAGAUACAGUAUGAAGUCACACACUCUUGUGACCAGUGUGUGCUGCAUUCCUGCUGAGGUGCAGCAGAUUGAUUCUGUAGUGAUCUGCUGCCGGUUCCCUGGGGAUUUGUAACGCAUGCCUGCAGCACGGGGCUUAACACCCUCACUCUCUCUCCGUCUUUGUCUCUCUAAUUUUAUCUCGACGGAUUGUCUCUUGCUUUGCAGUGCUGUGGCUUCGUCCUCCUGCACCUCGGCACCUUCCAUCUGUUUUAGGAAUCUGCUGCACACACCCUUCGUCUUUCAAGUUACAGUUGUGUUCUUCCUUAUCGUGUUUUACUGUUCUUUUUUGCUAGAGCUUGCUCCUUGCAGUCUCAGAGGCAUAGGUUUUUCACUGUAUUCUGUUGAUUUAUUUCCCAAUGUUUCUUCCAUUGGUUCCCUUUGGCAAACUACACAUGAUGAAUGUAGGCAUUUUUUCACAUACAAAUGUUUAUCUUUCUGAAAUGUUUCUAAAUUCUAUAUAACUGUCAGCUUGUAUUGGCUCGCACUUCACUUUCAUGCACUCAGCACAUGUGAAAAUUAUGUUCUGUUUCAUUUUCAUCAUGUGUGCAGGGCCGCGGGCGUCUACAGCUCAUCAACUUGAUCUCUGGAGUUGGAAAAAACAUCCAAGCAUCCUUUCAUCUCAUCCUUUUUAUAAGCUAUAUAUCCGGUCUCUUGUUUCUUCUGUUUUCACAUGAAUCUCACUGGGCCGCAGCCAGAGAUAAAUGACCGAACGGAGGCUCAGCUGAUACCACCAACUUCACUGGUGUGUGAGAAGCAAACAUUUCAAAUGUGUAUGUCCAUGUCAUUUUUCAAUUCAUAGUCUGUUAUCUAGAACCUUAUUCAGUUCAAAUUCACAGGAAAAAAUACAUAAGCAGUGAUCCAGGAUUACUUUCUGCAUUAGCUUAAAACCUCUGGCUUAAUGGCUCCUUUCAGUACAUAGAAGUGACUAAACAUAGCAGCUCUGAGCCAGGAGUCUUUUCCAUCAGGAAGGAAAAACAACGAGGGUACACAUUGUGACUAAUAGUAAUGGCUUCAUUUAUGACAACAUUCGUGCUAAGCAAACAGAAAAACUGAGAGUCUUUCGACCAUGGUUAUGAUAUACUACACAAAGAAACAUUUUCUUACUUAUUUUGAAAGUAACUGUAGCCUUAAAUGUCUGUCAUAUAAUGCCUGAUGGGACUUUUAUGCUGGUGCUGGCAGGGUUGUUGAUUUCUCUAAAUGUUAUAGCCAGAUGUUGCAUUUUGUUGACUCCAUAAAGCCGUGAUAACUAACAAUACAGUUUGUAAAUCCUUGAUCUUGAAAGUUCAUUUGACAGAUUGUAAAAUAGAUUUUGAGUUUCCUCCAUUACACAUCCAGGCCACUAUAAUUAUUUAUGAUUCUCCCUUGUUUGUCUUGUGGUGUGUCUGUCUGUGUGCCACCUGCCCAACGGGAAUUCAUCCUAGAAAACUGGGAUGAAGUUUAAGAUAUCCACAGACUUUACCUUGUUCUCCUCUCGCCUCAUUAUCCAAUCGCCCCCCCUUAUCCUGAAUUCCCCUGCCCUCUCGCUUUCAUCCUUCCCCUCAAGCGCAGUUUGUUCACAACAUCCUCUUGCUUCCUGCACCAGACGCUUUAGCAGCCCACAGUUGAUGCUUUAAAAUUUCUUUAGUGUGAUGCUGACUGUGAAUGGUGAUAUGUUUCAAUGUGCAUGGCUGGUGUGUUUAUAUAAGCAACCUUCUGGAUUGGCUGUGAAUUCGGACCAUUUAUAUUGACAGAAUCUGACCAAAUGUUAGGAAGAGAAAUAAAUCAUCCAUUUUUCUGUUGAUAAAGGCCAGCAUCAUAAUUUCCUUUACUGGUCCAGGUUUUAAUAACAGCAUACAUUUGUUAUGGGUAUUUGAGCCAAAAAUGUGAGUCUGUGUUUUCUAUGAAUCAUUAAACAUGAUGCAGACUUUGUUUCUGUUUUUUUUUUUCCAUUAGUUUGUUUUUGGCAAGCUAAAUGA